AUGAUAAAAUAUUUUAGGAAUAAUAUAAAUAUAUGUAAAUAUAUGAGACGACAUAUGUCAUAUGGUUAUUACAAUAUAAAUGUAAAUGAAAAGAUAGAACACUAUUUCGAUAAUAUAAAUAAGAAAAGAAAUAUAAAAUAUAUAAAUGAUUGUAAGAGUUGUAAAGAAUGUGUAGAUGAGAUAAGAAAUGGUUAUUAUAAUUUAAAAGAUUUAAAUAUGAAAAUGAUUGGAUUGGAUAUUGAAGGAUAUAAAAUUGGAAAAUAUGGAAUAGUAAGUAUAAUACAAAUAUGUUAUGAAGAUAUAUAUAUUUUUGAUAUAUAUAAAUGUGAUAAUUUAUAUAUGUUUAUAAAUUAUUUAAGAGAGAUAUUAGAAUGUGAUGAUAUAAUAAAAUUAACACAUGAUUGUAGAGAAGAUUGUUCUAUAUUAUAUAAUCAAUAUAAUAUACAUUUAAAAAAUAUAUUAGAUACACAAGUAGCAUAUAAUUUAUUAUUUAAAAAAACAAAAAAUUAUACAAAUAGUUAUCAAAUUAGUUAUGAUGAUUUAUUAAAAAAAUAUUUAUUUAUAAAUAAUAAUCAUAAAAUAUAUUUUCAUAAAAUGAUUACCAUGGAUAAUUAUAUAUAUUUAAAAAGACCUAUUAUGAAAGAAUUAAUUUCAUAUGCUAUUCAAGAUGUCAUAUAUUUAAAGCCUUUAAUCUUAUGUAUUAUAGAUCAAUUUAUUAUAAAACAAAGGCAAAAAGAUGAAAAGGAAGAGGAAAAAAACGAAUAUGUUAAUGAAAAACAAAAUAAUAAAAUAAAAGAUAAAGAAUUUGAUAAUACGUCUAAUACAUUACAAAAAUUAUGUAAUAUCUCUUCAUUUAAUAACCAUGAUCUUUAUAAUAUUAAAGAAAUAAUUCAAGAUAUUAUAUAUCACAGUAAAAAAUAUGUGAAUUAUCAAUUUUUAAAUUCUCAUAUAAAAGAUGAGAACAAAUUACAAAAGGGUAUGAUAAUAGAAGGUAUGGUUGUAUCAUGUAAUAAUACAAAAAUGUAUCUUAAAUUAAAUAUGAGAAAAAGGGGUGUUAUUUUAAAUUAUUUACAAAAUAAAUAUGAAAUAGGAGAUAUAAUAAAGGCUGUUAUAAUAAAUUUUACUAGUAACGAUUAUAUUAAUUUAGGACUUUAUGAUGAAAACCUUCUAACUCUUCAUAAGGAAAAAUAUAUUCCUACUGGAGAGGUUUUACAAAAUAUACAAAAAAUAUUAAAAAAAGAAGAAAAUAUAUAA